AUGGAUACCAAUGGGAACACCUCUGCAUGGAUGACGACCGCUGCUUGUCUAGCCGUCGUCCUCCUGCUUUUUUUCAUUAGGCCGCCAUCUUCCUCAUGGGGUCACCCUCCUCUGCCCCCUGGCCCGCCGGGUGAAUUUCUUCUAGGCCAUUUGCGUGUGAUCCCCAAAGAGAGAACAGCCGAGAAGUAUGCCCAAUGGGCUAAUGAAUACAAGUCAGAUGUUAUCUCUGUCAAAGCCCUUGGGCAACCCAUCAUAGUCCUUAACAGCGUUGAAGCCGCCAAGGAUCUCCUCGACCGGCGGGGUGCCAACUAUUGUGACAGGCCUAGAUUCACUCUCUUUGAGGUCAUGGGAUGGGGUAAGACGCUGACAUUCCUUCCCUUUGGGCCUCGCUGGCAAAUGCACCGCAAGCUGCUGCAAACCACCUUCAGCAACACGAACGUGCGACAAUGGUAUCAGCUGCAGGAGACAGAGGCCCGCAAGUCUGUCCUUAGCAUUUUCCAGGAGCCACACAACUGGGAGGUCUCCAUGAAGAGGUUCGCCGUUGCCAUCGUACUCAAAGUUAGUUACGGAGUCGACGUCCAAGAUAACGACGACCCCUACAUCAAGAUUGCCGACGAUGCCAUGUACGCAACCGGAAACGGUGGUGCACCAGCCAACAGUAUCGUUGACAUUUUCCCCCCCGCUCGUCAUUUGCCCAACUGGCUGGUCAGAGACUGGUCGCUGAAAUUCGCGCAAGAUUGGGGUUGGGCUAUUCAGAAAUUGCACGACGUCCCAUUUGCCGUAGCCCAGGACGAAGUGGCCCGAGGCAAGGAGAGCCCAUCCUUUGCGCACGCGUUGUUGGAAACAUACACCUCCAAUGCCAAGAAAGGGUUGAGCAACGAAUGGUCACUUGAUGAUAUCAAGGGGGCGGCGGGCGCCAUCUUCAUUGCAGGGGCGGACACGGUAACAACGAAGACCGACAAUGGCACCUAA